GGUCGUGUCGCCGUCUUGCAGACCACAGCCCUCCACGUUUGUGCGCGAUCGCCGGGGUCCUUCUCGAGAGACUAUUAGUUCCCAAUAAAUCAUCGUUUACUUUCGAGAUGUUAUCUAAAAUCGCGCGUAAGAAACUGACGGAACGCAACGUAUGUUGAAUCGCAUGCCAAUGUGCACGAUCGCCGUGUGCUUUCUAUUGAUAUUUGUCGUUAUCGGUAUCAUACUGGUGUUGAUUUACAAACCGAUUUACAUUUGGGAAAUCGACGUAUCUUAUUGAAGAGUCCGCGGUACCUCUCCCGUUCGACUCGACAGCUGUAAUAGGAUACACGACUGAAAUUUUCGGCAUCUUUAUUCGACGAUUUCUUGAAAUUCGAAAUCUGGCAUAAGAUCGUCGACUGCGACGAGAUGGGUGAAUCGACGCAGCGAGGUGUCCUUCUGAUGCUUCUGGUGCUCGCCGCGACGACGACUUUGACGAGAUGCGCGUUGCUGGAGAUGUCCCGGAUGCUCUGGAACAAGACGGUGUCCGGAGGCAUUGCGAAAAUAGGCAGACUGGACCCGUUGAGAGUGCCGCUGAUCAAGGUCGAUCAGUCCGAGGGCGACGCCAAUUACAGAGUGAUCCUGAGGAACUUGGAGAUCGUCGGUCUCAACGGAUCGGUCUUGGAGAACAUCCACAUAAGUCGUGGCGGACCGAAGUCCAAUCUGAGCGAACUCGAGGCCGGAUACGUGAGCUACAGCGAUCUCAGGGAUGUGGAUUCUGUCAGAUACAGGUUCCACACUAAGGCGAGGGAGCCCAGUGUGCCCAGGGAGAGUUUCGAAGCCGUCGUUUCACCUGUGAAUCGAGCUGCUGACGUAAGGCCCUCCUCGCGAUAUCAGAAUGCUCGCUUCGAUCGGUUGCAGCAAGAUCAACGCGACAGGACGUUCGAGCAAAAUCGGCAGCACGACCAACGGAUUCCUUUCCGUCCUGACGUCACGUCCGAUGGUUUUUAUAGAGGCAAUUUGAGAUCAACAGGCAACUUUGAGAAUUCUGAAAGUUCAAAUACCGAAAGUUCUAUAAAGCUGCCGGCCUAUGUUCAGCCUGUUUACGCGCAGAGAGGUUUUCAAGGCUAUCACGCAAGUCCACAGAAUAGUGGAGACAUAAUCGAUUGUGUCGACGAUACAAAGAUCUCUCAGUUUAGAGAAAAUCAAGGCAACCGACGAUACGAUCAACAAGGUGCCAAUGUAGGAUAUUACGGAGGACGGGAUACUGAGGUUUCCGCGUCGGAAACAGUCGAGACUAGAUUGAAAAAUCAGGGUGAUGUAAGACCGCCUGCGUUGUAUAAUAGAGAACAGUCGCGGCGAUCGAACGUUGCAUCUUCCGGCAAAGUUAAAUCGCCGAGAAAUGGAAUGAGGGAACAAUCGGGUUACAUCGACAUCGUCUACAUGGUAGACGAUAAAACUAAUGGCAGCGUAAAGCGUUUCGGUAAUCUGGGUGCCAAUCCCAAUGAAAAUCGACGAGUAUACGGUAUCGAGGACGUCAUGAAGAAUAUUCGGGAGAAUACAAAAUUUAUUAUCUACAAUUUUACGGAAGGUGAAGCCUUACGAAAGAGAAACGACAUAGUCAAAGCUGCGUUGGAAGCCAAAAGGUUGAAGGACCUGAUCAGAUAUGCGAGAAACUAUCAGGAGCAGCAAGGGUACUUCGAGGAAGGGAUGCAAUUGAUAUAUCAUUACGGAACGGACGUAAAAAAUGAUAGCGCCUCUCAGAAUUUCAGUGACACCAAAAGAACGAAACGAGCGCAUCCCGAAGAGACAUCCGAAGACGACGUGAUGAAUGUGAUUUUGAGAAUACGCGUCCCGCUGCUUCGCGUGAAGUCUCAAUACACGCUCAUGGGAAAAGUAGGGAAGGAGACGUUACGUGGGAACGGUCUGCUUGCCGGGAACUUUACCGAUGUAGUGGGCGACUUUACGCUGGAACUGAAGAAGAUCAACGAGGAAUUGAUAGUUCGUAGUGCUAGAGCGAAGCUGUCUGUGAAAGAUAAGAAAAUCAAUCUUCAAGGUAUGAACGAGGAGGGUCCGGUGCAAGCUAUUCUCAGUCACGGUUUAAUGGCUGCGGAGGCAGUCGCCGCGAUGCUCGCCGACGACUUCGCGACCAAGGGGCUCAGCGAGAGAACGGCCGACGCGCUGAUCUACAGGAUGUAUAAGGAUUUACCAGUCAAUAGGAGGCAUUCUACCGUGAUAAAUUCACCAUCGCGCCUUCGACAUUGCCGCCCGAGUGGGGUAGCAUAUAGCCGGAGAAAGUGCGCUUUACUUUAUAUAUACCCGCGCCACGGGGCCAUCGUACGCAUUUUCGAUACUGUCGUAGCUAAUUGCGAGCACGCGCGCAAUCUUCUUGUGACAAUAGAAAAUACAGCCGAAAUACGCCGCGGUCACGCACGCAGAAUCAUCGGCAGGAUGAUGUUGAUCGGGCUCGUACUGUUCGCCGUGUGUGCCGGGAGCGCCGUGUCGCAGCUGCCUCCCGGAGUAACGUCAUGCCCACGUACAAACAACCCGUCGGAAUACAACAAGUGCGUUUUAACGCAGUUACAAGCGCUCACUCCGUAUCUCGCUAAGGGAGUACCUUCUUUGAAACUACCAGCUUUAGAUCCUUUGUUUCUGCCAUCCUUGACUAUAGAUAGAAACCUAGAAUCCUUGAAAAUCAAGGCUAACAUGAGCCAGAUUCGCGUUUACGGCGGCACGAAUUACAUCGUGCAGGAUCUCAAAGCGAAUCCCAAUGACUUAACGAUUUCCAUCAAGGCUCGAAUGCCUCAUAUGUAUGUAGUCGGCGAUUAUGACGUUCAGGGAAGACUGUUGUUGCUGCCUCUAAACGGUGCUGGUAACUUUAAAGGAAAUUUCACUGACACUGAGGCCCAAGUAAACGCGCAAGCCAAGGAAACUAUUGAUAAAAACGGCGUGCAAAGGCUCGAGAUUGACAAGUUAGUUGCUAAAAUCCGUGUUGGUAAUGGAAAGAUUACAUUAAAAUCACCACCUACACACACGCUAACCGCCGACGCCGCCGCGACGUUCUUCAACUCGAAUCCCCGCCUAGUCUUGGAUAUAGCCAGUCCAAUUAUCGAGGAUACAGCCGCGACCGUGAGCAAAGCUCUAGCCACUCGAGCACUCAGUGUUCUCACCAAACAAGAACUCGUCCCCUAAUUCUUAAGUGAUCGAGUUUCGUUCGGGUCGAUUGUUUUUCGUAAAUGGCCUUUCGUAAAAAAGGAAAGGAUAGAGAAAAACGAAUAGUAGCCAUGAGGAUUAGCCGAUUUGAUUUAGUUUUUGUCUAUUUCUUUAUCGCGCAUCGUGAUAAUUUUCACCGGCCAGUCGGUGAGGUACGUAGCGUUGUUUUGUGCCCAAAGAAAAUUUGAUUAAUUAAUCACGUUGUGCAGUUGUCAAAGAGACGUUCUUGCACUUACAUUUUAUGUAUUUGGAAAGCCUUGAAAUGUUUAUUCUUUUGUAGAGCAGGAUUAUAAGAAAAUAUGACAAUGUAUAUAAGUUAAUUAGCUGACGUUUCUUGUUUAUUUGACAAAUUGUUUUUACAUAUUUGCUUGUUAUCCAAUUUUAUUAGAUGAUAGUUAAAACUAUCCUGCACAUAAAGAUUAUAUAUUGUAUAUGAUCAAUAAAAGGAAUAUUGUAAUUAUAAGUAAGUGUUUUAACGUUCGUUCAUUCAAAGCCAAUUAAAUCGCAAGUAUAAAACA